AUGGACGAGCCACAAUCCGCAGAAGUUGAUGUGUCAUCGCUGCCUGUGCGUUCUUCGUCGCCUUCACCAUCUAUUCCUGCCACGCCAGCUAUAUCCGCAUACUCUUCGCCAGACCGCACCUUCUCCUCCGUCUCGUCCCACUCUGCUUCCUCCGCGACCUCUGCCGAUGCUCGCUCCACAAUCUCAACAUCCUCUCGGCGCCAUGGAUAUAUCCGUGCCUUGGGAGCUGAGUUCUCUAGCUCGGCCCGUCACCGGGAUAGUGUUAUGAGUCUGGGCAGUAUUGCCCAUUUGCAAUAUUACUUCGCUCGCACGGGGCUAUUAGACGGGAAGACGGGCCGAGGCAAGGAGUUGAAGAAGAAGAAUGGCGAGAAUGUGCCCCGAUUGUUGAUCACCCCGAACCAGGCAAAUAUGGAUGAUCAGGACUUUGUGGCUAGUCCAUCCGACAUGACUGACUCGCCGGAGUUUGAUCCAAACUUUGACGAUGAGGAGGGGGAGGUCAUGCUACCUCCCACCGUCAGUACCUACAGCAUUAAAACACACCAUAUCCCCCCUCCGCCAGACGUGGUCUCUCUACGCCGGGAUCUGCAAGUCGCAUUGGAUAAAGCAGAGAGUAAUAUUGAAGCGAUUGAGAAUGGCGUUGAGCCGCCACCCCGCGAGCCGAUACGAACUAGCCUAUCGCCCGGGGACGUUCCUGAGACUUUAGAAGAUGAAUCCUCACGGGAAGCACCGACACCACAGACGAAGGAGGAGGCGCAAGGCAUGUGCAUUCUGGAUGAUGUUACGUUGGCGAUUCGCGCCGCGAAGAUCUAUUAUACUACGCACCCGCACCCUGAUCGUCUCGCUUCCAUAAAAAGUGAGCGCGAUAUUCGACAGGAAUUGUUCCAAGUUCUAGAUGCAUUGAAACGCUGGGCAGCUCGGCACUUUGCCUGUGGGCUGCGACCCGAAGAACGUGAUGUGAUCCAGGGUUGGAUUUCUGGGGUUCGAAUAAUGCUAGUUAGAGAGAAAGCACUAGAGGAUCUCGAAGCUCAGGAGCGAGAGAAUUGGGACUGGGCUCGCGGCGACUGGACUGGACGAGAACGGUCCCGCGAGGAAUCAUUCCUCCGAAGCUUGAUGCCUGGUGGCCAUACUUUACCCGAAUGGACUGCUAUCGAAGAUGAUGCUAGCAGUGAAAGUUUGCCAACCCCGUUUCUUGAACGUUUUAGAGAUGGUCGGAUCCUGGUCCAGUUACACAACAUUGCGGUCAAAAAGUCUAAGCGGCCAUUUGGAGAUAUUAAGGCUUACCAUCAGGAUAUCGCAAAACCGUACCGACAAGCGGAGAAUCUACGGUUCUGGAUCAAGGCCGCGGAAUUGCGGUGGGAGCUCCGGUUCCAGGUUGAUGUGAUGGGCGUUGUACAGGGCAGUGAUACGGCCUGGAGGCAGUUCGAUAACGCAAUGCUAGCGUGGUGCAGGACUGUUCGUGAGGAACUGGUACGGGAUUGGCAAGCAGCCAACCCUGGACGCCCGCCUAGCGCGGGUCUAAUUUGA